AGGCAUCAGCUGGUGUUCACUGCCGUCAUGGCGGACGCUGCUGAGGAUUCGCAGCUUGGACUUCGAAACUCGCGAUGAAAUAACGCCCUUGGCCGCGCAACAUUAAGCUUGACAAUUUGGCUCGCUGCAUCCGAAGCAGCAGACGCGAAGGAUGGGCUCCAGAAUACGGGAAAGCCCAUCCACGAUAAUCGAGUGCUUCUGCGAAGUCGUGAUACCGAGCAGCGGCAACGAAAGUGCGUGGAUCCUGCAAAAGUUCCCAGAGAGCUACAGUAAUGAUGAGAUUCUGAAGUCUGUGCCGGAGUUUGCUUAUCCAUGCGAGUUUUCUAGCACUGCGGUUCAGCACUUCAGCUUUGUGUUGACGAGCAUCGACAGCAAGUGGACUUUUGGCUACUGUCGUCAUGCUCCCAACUCCCAGACUUGCUUUGUUCUCCUCAGCUACUUGCCCUGGCAUGAAACAUUCUACAAGGUGCUCAACCAAAUUGCCGAAUUGGCCAACAAAAAAGAUUCUAGUCUCCUGGGCCAGUUUUUAGAAUCUCUCUACAACUGCCAAGUGCCUGAACCUGGAUUUCAGCUCAGGGUUGCCUUUGGCUCAGACCAAAUACCGUUCCAGUGUGCUUGCUCGGAUCACACCAAGCUGCCAAGCAUUCCCGAGAAUCGAAACCUCACCGAGUACUUCAAUGCUGUUGAUGCCACCAACAUGAUCACCAUCUUUGCAAGCAUGCUUCAUGAGCGAAGAAUCCUGAUCACCUCCAAGCGCUUGAGCAGGCUCAGUGCUUGCGUCCAGGCUGCGAAUGCUCUUAUCUAUCCCAUGGAGUGGCAACACAUCUUCAUCCCGGUCCUUCCGAAUCAUCUCCUCGACUACCUGAGUGCUCCUAUGCCUUUCUUGAUUGGUGUGCCAACAACGACGCUUGCAAGAGUUUCUGGCAGUGAGCUGGGUGAGGUGGUGGUCUUGGAUGCAGACAACAACAAGAUCGACAGCCCUUUCAGGGACCUCGAAUCAAUACCCAGUGAAAUUGUGACGCCGCUGAAGCGCAGCCUGCGCAACCCAAGCCUGAUGCUGGGGGACGGCGUGUCCCAGGCAUUCCUGCGUGCCCUCGUGCGCCUCAUCGGGGGCUACCGGGAGGCCCUGUGCCUGCAGCUCGGCGAACGCAUCACCUUCGACCCCGAGCGCUUCCUCCAGUCCCGGCCACCCAACCUCAGGGCCUGCCUCGAGAAGAUGCUGCAGCUCCAGAUCUUCCACCAGUUUAUUGAAGGCAGACUCCAGAUACUGAAUGCCGGCAAGGUCAACAACGAUAUCUUUGAGCUGGAGGUGAACAUGUUCGACGACAGUUCCAACAAGCAGUUCAAGCAGCACUACAAGUACUGGCUCGCAAACAUGAAGAAAGAAGGUGGAGCUCUCCUCAAGACUAUGAAAAGCAAAGCAAAUCCCGCCGUUCGCAAUGCCUACAAAAACGUAAAGGACAAGGGCAAGAAAGCAUACAGCAACAUCCAGGGCAAGUUUGCAGGGAUGCAGAGGGGCACGCAAGACGACAUGGCAUUGUCGAAGAGGGACAUGAGCCAGCCUAGGAGCGCCCCGGCCAGUCCCACAAUGGACCGCAAGCGGCCCGUGACCUUUCAACCUUUGCCGCGGCUACAGAACGUCUCAAGUCUAGUGUCUCCCAGUAGGACCGCUUCUCUAGGCACAAGUUCCAUAAAGUCGCCGUCAAAAAGUGCCAUUGAAGUAGGAUUGGAUGUCGUGUCCGAGCUGAAUGAAGACACGGUGUCCUCUAGCUCCUUUCAACCCAUUGACAUGGACCUCAUGGGUGACCUGCAAGAGAUCUUCAGUCGCUGUUCUACCACUGAAGCACAGGGUCAAUCAAAUCACACAACCGGCUCUCCGGCACUGGUAGAACGACAGGCCUUCAGUGACCCUUCUCUCCACAAGGUCCCACUGGCACCUCCCCCACGGAGCUCACGGAGGACCGCGGCCCGGUCUCCGUCUUCGGAGGCCCCGCUCAUCCGCCUCGACUCACAAGAGGGAGAAACCAAGCAAGAACCCCAGCAGCAGCAGCAACUGCAACAGCAGCAGUUUUCGGAACAAAGAACUCGAACGGUGCAACAACUUGCGCAACAGUUCUCCCAACAAGUUCCGCCACAGUUUCCGAGACAUCCUCCACCACAGCUUCCACAACAUCCCCCGCCACAGAUUCCAUCACAGCUCCCACCGCAGCUUCCACAACAGCAGGCACAACCUCCGAACCGACUGCCGCUGGCUCCGAACCCAUUUGUGCACACGUACUGCACGCCGCCUUACUCUGGCCUCCAGCAGAGGUUUCAAGCAGUGCCGUACAUGGGAAACCCGCAUCCCGGCCUCUCGACCAAUCCGUUUGUGCGCCAACCCUGGACUUCACCCAUGGCUCCGCCCCCUAGGCCGCACGCCCCGCCCCCCGCGGUUCCGAGGCAGCAGGACCCGUUUGCGGACCUCAUCGACCUUUGACCGCUCCGGCUGCUAUUUAUCGUGCGUCGGUGCAGGUGUCGAGUCUGGCCUCUGCACAUAGCUGUGCUUGAGUGCUGAAAAGGUCAUAUUCUGUAAUGUGAUGCUAGGUGGAGAUGUCGAGUCUGGCCUCUGUACAUAGCUUUGCUUGGGUGCUGAAAAGGUUGUCAUAUUCUGUAAUGUGAUGCCAGGUGGAGAGGACAUCAGUCGUGUAAAUAAUUUCAGAUUUUCUAGGUCUAAUUUAGCAAUUGUAGAGUGCAGGCACUGGCAUGACCUUGGAAGAUUCUCGAGAAAGUCUUCUGUGUUUUGCUCCAUCUUUUCUGUAGUCCGGCAAAAAAUUUGUUGGUGGCAUCAGAUACAAUAUGCCAAUACUCCUUUGGAUUCCUUCCAGGACAUGGCAUGGCACUUGUUCUACCAACUGAACUGCUGUACCUUGAAAAACCACAAGACAAGAGUGAUAGAUUCAGUCUAGAGUGCCAAUCAAAAGGACGCAAAAUAAAGGAAUCUUUCCAAGGAAUGCCGAGGACAUGCCCGGACAUGACAUUGGACAUCUCCAGUACAUCAUGUUGUGUAGCUGGGACUCCAGCGUUGAUUAGCAUCCAGUUCACUCUAUUGAAGUCUAGGGAUGGCUUUGCAUUUGAGCCACUAAGCUCAAGUCUUUGUAACAGAGCGUACUAAUUAUUUUAUCUAAUGAUGCUGCGCUAGAACCCUGUUUUAGCUUUGCAGCUACCUACUAUAUACUCUACUUUUUUUGUGCUUUUAUCCAAAGUCGGUUACUGCAACUCAGUUCUUAUGGAGUCUUUCUCGUUUCAUUGUUUCGUAUUUAUGGUACAUCUGGGGCAAUGUGAAUGAAGUCUGUUUGUUAGAGGAACGGUUUUAAGUCCAGACACCUCUGUGUGCUGCAACUCGGUCCUCAGUUGUCUAGCCUUCAUCCGGUUUACGUUAUUCAGCAGUCUGAGAUAUUGUGUUAGCCCUUGGUUACUCGAGAGAAAUGAGAAAGGGCCUAGAAAGGUAUAUAUUUUUGUAAACUGCAAGAUGACACUGUUACUUUUGCUGUCACUUCGAUAGGUUGUUUUUGUACUUUUGUACACUUGGUGCAGAUUAGGACAGCGUGCUCAUGGAAGACAUUCCAGAAGCUUGCCUGCAACUGUUGCAGUAAGAUGAAGGCAUCCAAGCGUGACUAGCACUGUGCACCAAUUCUGCUUUGCUAACAACCUUGCUUUGAUCUUCCUUCUAUGGCACUUCUGGUUAUUGGUCUAACAAUUUUUAUAUAGUGCAGUCCCAGUGUUAAAACCCUUUUUGUUUGUUUUAAAUAUACCCUUUUUUUGUUGGUUUUAAACACGUAGUGCGGACAAAUGUUUCUUUAAAAAAAAACAAGGAUGACAACAGAGGUGGGCCUGUCAGUACCACGCGUGUAGAGGAAUUAUACUGGCAACUUCAUUCGUUCAGUGCUCGCACUUGUUGCGACAGUUGGGCCAAUUGGGAAACUGGCAUUUUGUAUCAAACGGUCGAAGUACGAAGGCUAUGAAGAUAGAAGCCCAAGCUAUGCAUCGGUCUGUAGACAAACAGAAAUAUUGCCUAGUAGCACUUUGUUUGUUGCAAUGUCUACAAUAUAAAAGGCACUUUGAUGCGACAAUUUAUUUGGCCCAGAUUUAAGACUAAAUAAAUGCGGAGUGCAAAUUCGUCCGCUCCUUUUGCCAGGGUUGUGGUGACGUCAAAACGCCAAGCUCUGAUUGAAGGAUAGUGGGUAGACCUCAAAGCAAGCUGCCUUGAGGUCUGCCCACUAUCCUUCAGUCGGGGCCAAUCAGAGCUCAACGUUCUAAUGUCACCAUAACCCCUCCAAAGGCAGCAGACAAACAUGCGCUCUGCAUAAGACUAGGGCCACUGAUUGUUCCCAGAGCAUUCAAGCUUUUUACAUUAAAAGCAAAAAAAAGUACUAAAGGGUUGCAAAAAAAGAAAAUGAAAGAGUACUCAUGCAGACAAAAGUCUGAAUCAAGCACUUGGUAGUGCUGCAACAGUUGUGGUGCUCCCAAACAAAAAGCUUGCAUUUGCACUCUAGAAGUUAUGAAUCAACACCAUUGGAUUUAUGGCAUAAUUAUGUGCCAUUGAAAGAUAACCCACUAUGCAGGAACAUCUUAAUCCAUCAAGUGUCACUUGCGAGGACACCAAACAUUAAUCUAGCUUGUGCAAUACGGUGGCUUGCCCCAAUUGAGUAGUACCAUGAAGCAAGUCUACAAGCUUCAUAACCCAUUCCUUGCCAAAGACCUCGACUGCAAGUUCUGGCUUUGGGUGUGACCCAAUAGGCUUAUGGGGGUUUCCAUUUCAAUUUUCACUUUUCUGGGACGUCGCAUAUAUAAAAGAAGGUCAUGUGUGUCUAUCCAUGUGUUGCGUAUAUUGGUGCAAAUUUGACGUACCCUUGUGAAGUUUGGUCUUGGAGACAGUUGCCUUUUGACUGCGAUUUGGACGCCUCCCUUUUUAACUUUUCAGUCACAGGGCUGUGCCAAGAAAUUAGAAUGUGCCAAUAGACGUUGCGGAGGAUUUGCACCCCAGUGCUCUUGGGUAGUGUGUCACUGCAGCAGACUCUACCACGACUGCAGUUCUCAAUCAAAGUGAAUUUAAGGUAUAUGCUUUGCCAGCUCAUCCAUUUAACAGUGCAUCUACAAAAGCGUCCCAGUCUGUCGUACAUGUAGUACUGUGAUUGCGUGUGUGAUACAGUGAACCUUUGGUGCAAUGGAAAUAAAGUUUGCAUCACUUCACCUUACAAA